AGAAUCUGCUUAGGACAGAGAUCCUCAAGUACCAACACCAAAUCUUCCAACAACUUUGUUUCUCCGUCUUUUCUUUUUUCUUUUUGGCUUUGAACGGAAGACCCCUUCUCCUCUUUAAGCUUCUCUUUCACUCUCUCUUUCUGUCUUUGUAUUUCUUUUCUAUGCAUUUUUCUUAAGUGAGAAGCCAUGGCUCUGUAAAAGCUUGCCAUGUUUUCAACUUUUGGUUCUCUGUGUCAGUCCUUAUUUUCUUCCAUUUUAUUGUAACUUUUCUUGUUUAAUGAAAGGGUAAUGGAGGUAAAGGGUAAUCUAAUCCAAUUGCAACUUGUUUAAAUUUUAACAUUUUAUACGAACCCUGUUCAAAGCCCUUUCAAAAGCUUGAACUUUGAGACUGUUGAGUACAGAAACACUUGAUGAUCUUCAAAGCUUGAAACUUUAAGCCUGCUAAUGCUCUUCAGCUUCUGGGUCUUUCCAAAAUGUCAUCAUUAGAGAUGUCCCAUAUCGAUUUAGAGCAAGGAACUCACCGCCGGAACGAGAGCGAAGUCAGCGCCGGCGAAGCUAGCGUGUGCUUCUCGGACGCCGACGAGGGAUCUUGCUACUCUCAGUUUUAUUCCACCACGGGUGGUUCUUACGAUGAGUACAGCUUCGGUUGCGAGAUUGGUGGCGAUUCGGAUUCCAGGAGGGUGUCUUCGGCCUCGGAUUGCUCGGUGGAGGUGCGGGCUCCAAGUGGAGCUAAUGAACUCAAGCUGCAUUUGGCCAAAGUUGAGAAAGAUUGUAGAAUUUGCCAUUUGGGUUUAGAGAGCAACAGCCAUGAAUCUGGUGCCCCUAUUGAAUUGGGUUGUUCUUGCAAGGAUGACCUUGCUGCUGCUCAUAAACACUGUGCUGAAGCAUGGUUUAAGAUCAGAGGAAAUAAGACCUGUGAAAUUUGUCAUUCUAUUGCACGCAACGUAGUUGGAGUGAACGAGGUCGAGUCGACAGAGCAACCAAACGAGACAAACAGUUCCACUGCAACCACUGCAGUCUUGGGAGCAGCAUCCUAUACAGAGUCUCGAAGCUUCUGGCAUGGUCAUCGCUUCCUCAACUUUCUCCUCGCUUGCAUGGUAUUUGCAUUUGUCAUAUCAUGGCUCUUCCACUUCAAUGUACCGUCAUCCUAAAACUUCUUUCCGCGCAGUCAUCAAACAAAAUCCAAAGAAGGAAAAAAAAAAUAAAGGAACAGAAUUACUGUAAAGGAGCCUGGGGAAACUUGUUGCUGUGAUGAUGAGCAAUGGAAUUAGCCUAGAGUCUCGUGGUGGUUAAUACGAAUUAUAUACAUCUCUCUUCUUCAUACGUGUAGAAAGCCUGUUAUAUUAUGCACAUUCAUCAUAGUUACCAAAGAUGUGUUAUCUUGCUUUAGUAGACGACCACCAUAUCUGGUUUUAGAAGAGCUCUUGAUGGUUAUGCUCUGGUUGUGUGGGGUGUUGUUAAAUCGGAUUUUGCAUUUAAACACGGUUGUGAUUUCCAGAAAAUAUCCAGUGGGAAAAUUUAACCAAAUUUUCCUUUCCAUGUGAUCAGUGAGAUAGUUGUUUUCUUUA